CUGCUGAUCGAUGAUUGAUGUUUUGUGGUUGUUAUGUAUUUAAUUACUUUACGUAAAAGUUUAUUAGUUCUUAAAACUGGGUCGGUUAGUAAAAUAUUUUUUACAAAUUCAUUAUGAACUUUGAAUAAAUAUGAACAAGUUCGUAUCACUUCGACAUUUUACUGAGAUUUCUCCAAGAAGGAGAGUAGUUGUCACUGGUCUGGGAAUAGUAAGUCCACUUGGAACGGGUACAGACUUGGUUUGGCAAAAUUUGCUAAAAGGUCAUUGCGGGAUUGUUUCCCUUCAUGAUGAUGAAUAUUCCAAACUACCAUGUAAAAUUGCUGGUGUUAUUCCUAUAGAGAAAAAUGAUAAGCUUAAAAAAGCAUUAUCAAGAGGAAACUUAAAAUCUAUGGCACCAGCUACAUGUUUGGCAUUGGUUGCUACAGAGGAAGCAUUAGCAGACUCGAAAUGGUCACCUAAUACUGAUUUAGAUAAAGAAACAACUGGAGUCACAUUGGGAAUAGGGAUGAUUGAUUUAAAAGAUGUAUGUGAGACAAAUGAUGCUCUCAAGCAAGGAUACAAUAAAGUAAGUCCAUUUUUUGUCCCAAGAAUAUUGCCUAAUAUGGCAGCUGGUCACAUAAGUAUAAAAUAUGGGCUACGAGGUCCUAAUCAUGCAGUUUCUACAGCAUGUGCCACAGGUGCACAUUCCAUUGGUGAUGCUUUCAGAUUUAUUAGGAAUGGAGAUGCAGAUGUUAUGGUAUGUGGAGGAGCAGAAUCGUGUAUCAGUCCAUUAGCUAUUGCAGGUUUUUGUAGGUUAAGAGCAUUAAGUACAUCUUUCAAUGAGACACCUUCAAAAGCUUCUAGACCUUUUGAUAAAAAGAGAGAUGGGUUUGUUAUGGGUGAAGGCGCUGCAGUUUUGAUAUUAGAAGAAUAUGAACAUGCACGGAAAAGGAAUGCCAAAGUUUAUGCUGAAAUCUUAGGGUAUGGUUUAUCAGGUGAUGCAUCCCACAUAACUACUCCAAGGGAAGAUGGAACUGGGGCAAUAUUGUCAAUGAGUAGAGCUCUAAAAGACAGUAAUUUGAAAAAGGAAAGUAUCACAUAUAUUAAUGCUCAUGCAACAUCAACACCAAUUGGGGAUGGCAUUGAAUCUACUGCUAUAAAAACUUUUUUUAAAGAACAUGCCCCAAAGAUUUCAAUAUCAUCUACAAAAGGAGCUCAUGGACAUUUGUUAGGAGCUGCUGGUAAUUUAGAAGCUGUGUUUACUGUUUUAGCAUGCAGUAGUGGAAUACUGCCUCCAACAUUGAACUUGGAUGACCCUGUAGAUGAUCUCAAUUAUGUUGCUCAUACUUCACAACAAUGGCAAUCUGAUAGAAGAAUAGCUUUAAAAAAUUCUUUUGGAUUUGGUGGUACAAAUGCCACACUUUGUAUAGCACAAGUAUAAAACUCUACAAAGUGUGGCAAUAGUAAAUUAUUUAUUUAAAUAGGACAAUAAAUUAAAAGGAAUAUGGAAUUAAAUUUAACUUAUUGAUGGUGAUAUUAUAUAGAUGGUAUUGAUCAUAUACCUUCUAUAAUAUUUAACUAUAGAAUUUUUGAAAAACUAAUAUAAAUAUUUCAGUUUUAUAAUCUCCAUGGCCAUACCAUAUAUGAUUUUUGUGUAAAAUUAGCACUACUUGAUGUGUAAUGAUUAUCUGUGAUAGGUUUGA